AAUAAUAUUCUAAUUUCUAUUUACUAGGAAUAGACCACGGAUGCCCUUCUGUGGUAGGAAUGAAUUUGCCUGAAUAUAAGUGUAAACGAGGUUGCAGAUAUGUUUUCACAUCAAAAUCAGAUGCUGCUCGACACAACCUGAUUGUUCAUCAUGGCCAGCGAAGAAGAACCAAGCGAAAGGCUAAUAAGCAUUGAUCCCAGGAAUUCGCGAUUAUUGGUAAACACGUCCAUGCAAUUGAUCGUACUUGUGGAUGCUGGCUUCGUGCAACUAUUCGGGAAGAAGACGACAGCAGAGUGCUUGUAAAAUGGAUAGGAUAUGCAGAGACAGGCUGGGUUGACAAGUCUGAUUGUAGAGAGGUUAUUCUAAAGAGGAAAUGCAGCUUUGGCAAGAUGUUUUUUCCCACAACAAAAGACCCACAGUACCUCCAGAAAGGUGACAAAGUCUGCCGUUUAAAUGCUGAUCUCACACGAGGCCCAACACAAAUUGUUCAGACAAAUGACAAAUUCAGAUGUACAGUGGAAACAACCAAGGGGAUAAUUGUAAACUAUGAACAUUUAUCCGAAGCAAUUAAUGAUGUGUUAACAGGGGAUGAAACUCCGCUUGUGUCUGAUCAUGGGGACGUCGAGGUUGAUAAGGGAACAACAUCAUCCGCAGGAGAGAAACCUCCACUCGUGUCCGACUGUGGGGUUGUCGAGACUGGGGGUAAGGGAACCACACCAUCCACAGAAGAUGAAACUCCGCUUGUGUCUGACUGUGGGAUCGUCGAACUUGGUGGUAAGGAAAUCGCAUCAUCCCCGGAGGAAAUAAUUCCGCUUGUGUCUGCCUGUGAGAACGUCGAAACUGAAAAGAGAACCUCAUCAUCCACAGGGGAAGAACCUCCACUCGUGUCUGACUGUGAGACCGUCGAGCUUGAUGGUAAAGGAACCACAUCAUCCAUGGAGGAGGAAAUUCUGCUUGUUUCUGGCUGUGGGAAUGUCAAGACUGGUGAUAAGAGAACCGCAUCAUCCACAGGGGAAGAAACUCCGCUUGUGUCUGGCUGUGGGAUCGUGGAGACUGAUAAGAGAACUGCAUCAUCUACAGGGGAUGAUAAGAGAACUGCAAUCUACAGGGGAAGAAACUCCACUUGUGUCUGACUGUGAGAUCGCUGAGCCCGGUGGUAAAGGAACCAUACCAUCCACGGAGGAGGAAAUUCCGCUUGUGUCUGGCUGUGGAAACGUCACGACUGAUGGUAGGAGAACUGCAUUAUCCAUAAGGGAAGAAACUCCGCUUGUGUCUGACUGUGGGAUUGUCGAGCUUAAUGUUAAGGGAACUGCAUCAUCCACAGGGGAAAAAACUCCACCUGUAUCUGGCUGUGACGUCAACGAGGCAGUAGAAGUAGACCAGUCUCUGCUCACUGAAUUAUUUUCUUCAAAUAUUUAUGGCAAUGAAAGUGGAGCAGAUGAUUGGAAUGACAUCAUUCUGGACGUCCACCGAGACACUGGCGUGAAAAGAAAAAAUACUGAGGAAGUUGGAAAUGCUGCCAAAUUUAAGAAGUUAUUCGCUGAAAUAGAAACUAUGCGCCAGGAGUCUAAUUCCAGACAUGAGCAGAUGACCAUGCAGUUGAAGACCAUGCAAGAGAGUCUUAACAGCCUCAUAAAGUUCGUCACACAGAGUCGCAACGAACACCCAGAUUUUCAGCCGUUAAUCAAAAACACUGACGACAGAGGGAUGAUGACCCUCGGUGAAGAAAAUGAGCAAGCUGUAAAGAUACACGUAACAAAAUAUAAUUGUCUGCUGCGGAAAAAUAAGACACCAGCGCUGCUUGUAAAAGCAUUGAUGCCAGAGGUAUUUACUAAAUCAGAGAUGGCCGUAUCGAAUUAUGGCGGAGUAAAAAAUAAGAGCCGCUCGAUCCAAUUUAGUUAAAUGCUAUCUUGUCGCAGGUGCGAGACCAAUUCAAACGGUCGGGCAUUAUAGCGUCUGAAAAGGCUAUCAGGACAGCUGUAAAUGAAAAGUGCAGGUACUAUACUUUCCUAAACAAACAU